AUUCGGCCCGUGCGCGAACGAACGUCCACGAACUAGCGCUCGAACGCUCUCCCCGCUCAAUAUUACUGUGAUUACUUGAUUACGUAACACAAACAUUCCCAAUCAAAUAAAAAAAACCUAACAAAAACUCUCCGUGCAAAAUACAUCCAAUUUCCGAACGCGUAACCCGGCAUAGCUACAGUGAAAUCCGACUAAAUUAAAGAGUGCGCGUGUUGACUGCGAUCGCGUUUCGUCGAAUAAAAUCGUCGUUCAGUCGGAUUAUAAUCCACCAUUAUUGUGGUUUGAUGGGUUUGACAUGUGAAAUUAUUCUUGUUUACUUUGACACCUUUGACACUUUGACAAUUCAAUUAUGAUUAAUGCUUUGCCAUCACGAUUUUAAUAAGUUAUUUUUAUGUAUGAAAGUAGUUAUACAAAUAGCAAGUUUUAAGUAGCACUCGUAAAUAGUUUUGUGGUUUUGCAAAAUAGUUAAACUGUCGAGGAAAAUGGGCGAAAUCUUGGAAUGGACUAAUGAGCAAGUUAUUCGUUUAAUAAAUUCGUACAAAGCGCGAGGUAUGCUAUGGGACCCUAACCAUGACUUGUACCGAGUACAGACAGCGAAAUACGAAGCUUGGUGCGAACUUGCGGAACUGUACGGGUGCGAAAUUACCGAUUUGCGGAAGAAAUUCAACUCAAUUCUGGCGUCGCAUCGGCGGGAGAAGGCGAAGAUACGCAUGGGCGGCAAAAGUUCCUGGUUCGCGUACAACCAUCUGAGCUUCCUGCCCAACCAUUUAAGCUUUGAGGACGCUUCUGCAACGCUGACAAAAAGUAAGAAAAAAGAUUCCAUCGCAGAACCGACGGAGGAAGAGCAAGAGGAUCAUCCAGAGGAACCGGCAGAAGAACCAUCAUCAGAGCUUGAAGAAUAUGAUGAUAACGGAAGCAAUAGCCCAAUCAAUAUCAUCAUCAAAGAAGAACCAGAAAUUAUAGCUCCAUCUCCGCAAAGGUACUAUCGCACCGCAAGAACUUCUAUGCAAGCGAGAAUAAACAAACGGAAAUUAGAAAAAGAGAAACUACAAAGGUUAGCUGAGAAGAAGAAGAAAUUGCUGGAAAUAAAACAAUCCAAGAUAAGCAAGGAUGAAUGUGACAGUUUCGGCGAGUACAUCUCUAUAUCGUUGAGGAAACACGACGAAAGGACGAGAUCAAUGAUCAAGCAGGCCAUCAAUAACAUCUUGUUUGAACAGGAAAUGAAGAAGUACAAUACGGGGCAGUACACUGUUAUUUACGCUGGAGCUGAUGUGAAUCCACUAAUAGACCCUGAUGACUGCGAAAAGUGAUCCUAACAAAGCAAUCAAUAAACCAAGAUUUGAACUGGAAGAAAUAAAAAAAUUGUGGCACCUUACAGCAGAGCUGUUUCAUACAAAAAUCGUGUUCAAAGCUAUCAAAAACUGAACAUCCAGUUGUAAACGAAAGAGUUGGGAAUGUCCUGUCUUUUACUACAAAGAGCUCGUUGUCAGAGUGAACUAGAGUGAGGUAGCUCUCGGUUUGAUCCUGCAGGUCGAUUCCCGAAAACCUGCGUCAGUCAUUAUUACAAUCGCAAUAGUUGUGAUUGGCUGAAUUUUUGAUAUUCUUGCAACAAUGCAUUGUAGCCAAUAGUGAGCAAGCGUCAACCAAUCAGAGGUGAUUGUGAUCGUGACAUUGUAGCUGUCAUUCUACAGCAAUCAAGCACCUGAAUCGACGAUCUGUCAAAUAUUAGGCUAUGGCUGACGUGAAAAAGAAAAAAAAUAGUAGUCUCAUAGCCUACCUAGCGACAAAUGUAGGUAGUAUUUGACGCCUGCCAUUUAUGUCUAAGCCUCGAUGUUUUGUUGCAAGUUCCUUUACUGUCGUGAACUGUGUCGUUGUUAAAAGUUGACUAACAGACGAAAUUAAUAAUAAUCAUUAAUCAACCUAUCUAUAAUCUGCAGAAUGCAGAUAUUAUGUUACUAAUGGCUGAGUAUUAAUCAAUCCUAUCUGUGGUCUGUCGAUAAGCUCCUUAUCAAAGUUUUUAAUUGUCAAAAACUGUAUGUUCUUUUUGACAUUGCUUAGUAACUUAUUAACAGAUCGGAGAUAGUUUGUUGAGACGUUGUAAUAAUUUGUUAAAAAUUGUAUGAUCUAUUUUGACAAAACAUAACCACGUUGCUAAGUAACUUAAAGAUUUAUCAGAGAUAGAUCUAUUAAUUUUAUUAAUAUCGGCCGUAAGUGUUUUCAGUACUUAUGAAAACCCUCAGAAUUUAAAAACACCCAAAAUUAGCAGUUCCUUACUGAUAUUGAUAUUUUUAGAAAGUAUCAUUGUUUUUAAUUUACAUCGGGUCCUAUCUUUUGUAAGACAUUUUUAUAUUUAAGCUAAUUAUAUUGUACAUAAAACCACGUCUGUUUUGUACAAAUACAGAAUUG